UCAGUCGUUAAAAGAGAGAACAAGCGUCGAUGUUUGAUUGCUACGCGCUCGCGUUUGGUGUACAAAGUGUUAAAACACAAAAUUUGUUUGUGAUUCAAGUAAAAAGUGUGUAAGUGUGUUUAUGCGUGUGCGUAUGUAAGAGUGUACGCGCAAUACAGAAACAACAAAAUAGAAAAUAAGUAACGGUCGUUGUUCUCGCUACUUUAGGGAAGGCGGCAAAUAGCAAAAGUUCAAACCAAAAGCCGCAGUUGCCGUUGCCGCGUUGCACUGUGCAGCCGCUCCUAACGUUCCCGUGGCCGUUUUGUUGGUUGUCGGGGUUUUCGUUGUCGUCUUUGUUGUUCUUCGGUGGAGUCAAAAGAGACGUCCCGCACGUCCUUCGGAGGUGCCGACACCAAAAGCGAAUGUGUUUCAAUGAUGUUACUGCCUUCGGGGCGUUCGAAUAGUGAUGUAUAUCCGUUGCAAAAUGUCAACACAACAACCGCCUCAGCGUCCAGCGUAGGCGGAUCCAAGCCUCUGUUACUGACAAGAACAUCAUCGCCACAGUUGACGACGCUGCAAACGUUAAAUGGCGGAGGCAUCGGCGGCGGUGGCGGCGCCAACGCCCACACAGCUCUGCGCACCAACUCCUCAGCCGCCUUUGCCGCGACAUUAGCACAAGAAACGGCCGGAAGUCUGCCGGGGACCGGAACACAGGCGACAGCAGCGACGUCAACAACAGCCUCGGCGACGACGACAACAACGGCAAUCUCAGCGACAGCAACAGCGACGGCGACAGCGACAGCAACAACAGCGGCGGCCAGUGUGAACGCCGUUAACACGGGUUUCGGGGCUGGCGCCCUCUAUGGCCCGAUUUUGGGACCAAGCCAUGCGGGCAACGCUCCCAUCGGAAAUUGGGGUGAAAUUGAUCGCCACUUGGACGCAGUCCAGGAAAAACUCAAAGCUGGCUGGACAGUGCAUGUGGCAAAGGAUGGCAGGCUUUAUUACUGCAACCACUUGACGCAGUCAUCUGGUUGGCUGCCCGCCUGCGAGGAUUGGAGCAAGCAUGAGGAGCUCUCCUACGGCUGGGAGCGUGCCAUAGAUUCCAAGGGUCGUUCCUAUUAUAUCAACCAUUUGAAUAAGACGACUACGUAUGAGGCGCCGGAAUGCAUACGCUGGGACGAGCAUCCGCCGGAGCCACGGCUCGUGCAGCUGCAACGCAGCGCUAGUCUCGGCUUCGGCUUUGUGGCGGGCAGCGAGCGGCCGGUUAUUGUGCGAUUUGUUACCGAAGGCGGGCCCAGCAUAGGAAAGCUGCAGCCAGGUGAUCAGAUACUGGCUGUUAAUGGGGAGGAUGUGAAGGAUGCGCCACGGGAUCAUGUCAUACAAUUGGUGCGGGCCUGCGAGACGCAGGUCUCGCUGCUCGUCUGCCAGCCCAUGGCGCACUGCGUGUUGCCCGGACGAAAGUCGACGCUACUCUCCGCCGGCAAACGGGCCAAACUGCGCACGCGUCCGAGUCGAGUUCGAUUCGCGGAGAGCGUGUGCGUCAAUGGAGCGCCCCUGUUUCCGCCCUCGGCCUUCUCACUAGGCGACAUUUGUGUGCCGCCCAUGGCAAAUGUGCUGAAGGUGUUCCUGGAGAACGGACAGACCAAGUCGUUCAAGUAUGAUGCCACCACAACAGUACAGGAUGUGGUUAGCUCGCUGCUGGACAAGCUCUGCCUGUGCUGUGGUGAGCUCUUCAGCCUGGUGCUAGAGCAUGUCAAGAGUCUGAAACGCAACAAGCUCACGCUACUCGACCCGCAGGAGUCAUUGGCACGGAUUGCUGCCCGACCGGGCGCUCACAAGCUGCGCUGCCUAUUCCGCAUCACCUUCGUGCCCAUUUCGGCGGCAGAGCUGGCCCAGAGAGAUCUGAACGCACUGGACUAUCUGUACAUGCAGUGCUGCAACGACGUCAACCAGGAGCGCUUCGCGCCCGAGCUGCAGCCGGAGCUGGCUCUACGUCUGGCCGCUCUGCAUAUGCAUCAGCAUGCGCUGGCCAACAACUUUGCGCCUGCCAAGCUCACCGUCAAGCUGGUCGAACGUGAAUUUGGUCUGGAACGCUUUGUGCCCGUUAGUCUAUUUGAGGGCAUGAAACGCAAGGAGCUCCGUCGACUCUUCUCACACUUCUUGAAGGUCAAUGCGGAGAUGACGGGGUCCAGCAAAGUCUUAACUCAGCUGCAGGCGAAGCUCCAUUAUCUAGAUAUAAUCGCUAGUUUACCAAGCUACGGCGCCAAAUGUUUCAGCACAAACCAAAGAGAGGGCAUGGAGCGCGUUCUGCUCGUGAGUCCGCGCUUCGGUCUAAGCCAAAUAUCCAGCGCACGCAAUUCAGUGCCACAGCCCAUUUCGGCCAUAGAGGACUUUACGCAUGUCGUGGUGCAUCGCGAGGACGACAUCACCUGCAGCGUCUCGAUCUACAUGCUGGGCGAUCGGGCUGUCAAGUUCAUAAUGGAGGAUCGCGAUGCGUGCGAAUUUAGCCUGGUGCUAGGCGGCUACUACCGCCUGCUGACAGGAAAUGUUCUGAACGUGCUGCGGGAACGUGAAUUUUUUUAGGAGGACAAUGCGCCCGCCUUCUUGUCGCAGCACACGGUGCUGCCGGCUAGCUGGAGCUACCUGUUGCCCUUCCACAAUCGGGCGCACAGCGUGAACUUCCUGAUGACGCCACCAUAUCACCCAAUGCCACAGCAGGCGGUGCUCUCGCAGCCGCAGCCCGUGCAGCAGCARCAGCAGCUGAGCUAUGCGACCGAUCUGGACUUGCAUAGCGUGAUGGCCACCGAGCUGCUGGAGGAGGCGGCCAAGGACUCUGGUUUGAGCGACAGCAGCGGCAGCAACUACUGCAGCGAAAGCCGCACUCAGCUGGCGGUAGAGGCGAAGAACGAGCAGGUGCUGCGCCGAGUCCAGGAGCUGCAGAAACUCGUUCAAUGCUCCGAACAGUAUCUCAGCGAACAGGAGCAGGAGCUGCAGCAGGUGCCGUUGCAGCAACUACAGCAGCAGCAGCGGGAGCAGACGCAGCAGCAGAUGGGCCAGAGUGUGGCUAUGCUGGAGUUCGACAGUGACUGCGACAGCUUGAACAGCAGCAAAGUGUCCUCCACGGAGGAAAGCAACCACGUCAGUCAGCCCUCGCUCAAGCACAGCGACUCGCUCACUCUGCUGGCCGAGACGAUUAGCCAUGAACUGACCGGCAUAACGCAGGGUCUCAAUGCCAUACCGGAGCCGAUCUCUGCAUCCGCACCGCCCACACCUGCCACACCCAAGCGCAAGCCGAGCCUGUGCAGCACUUCCAGUCCACGGCCUCAAAGGAAGUUCAAUGGCUUCAGUCAGCUGCUGAGCGAUUUGCAGGCUCUUGGCACAGAUUUCUCGCAGAGCGAAAGCGACUCCGAAUCGGUAGCCUCGCCAGCCCAAUCGCCGACGACUCGACGGCCCCAGCAGCUGCUGCAGGCGAGCAGCAAACAGCAGCAGCAGCAGCACCAGCAGCUGGCUCAACGCAGCAGCUUUGGUCUGCACAGUCCGGAUGGAACUCACUUUGGGGCUGAGACAAAGGACUACAAUCUGCGCGAGUAUCUGCAACAGCUCAAAGAGAUCAGCAAUGUGCCCGACACAGAUGUCGCUGCUCGCCAGCUAUCGGAGAUUUAUGGCUUCGAGGUGCGCGAGGAUACGUUCAUUGAGACGGACACGGACUUAAUUGAUCUACGUGCCAUACCCCCACCACAGACGCCCGACGAGCUAGACUCGCUGUCGCUGCUGAAUGCGGCACCACCCAAAGGAUUUGAGGGUAAGGCCGAGGAGCUGGACAGCUUUCUGCAACAGAUGCUGGUGGCGCCGCCCACGCAGAAAGCAACGCCCGCGAAGGAGCUGACACCCGAGGAGAUCAUGUCCUUCAUUAUACCCCCGCCGCCAAACCUAGAGGCGCAGCCCGAGCGACCCGAGGAAUGCCUCUACAGCAAUUCGGUGCAGGCCAAGCGCGAGUUUUUCCAGGCCGUUGCCAAUGGCAACAACAGCAUCCAGCAGAACAACCACAAGGACCAGGCCUCGCAUGUCAUUGAGUAUCCCACCGUGGAGCGAAAAAGCAAAUUCAGCUGCUGUCCCACAUCCAAAAAGGAAGAGGCAGCACCACUCGAGGAAGCAGCACCACUGCAGCCGCCACCGCGCACCCCAACCAUAGAGCAAACGACUCCGCCGCCGGCGCGUCCACCCAAAAGCGCGGAGCUGCUGCAGAGGUACUCUCCCAAGAAGCAGGUGCGAAUCGUCGGUCAUCAGCCGGUGGUAAGUGUGCCGCUGCGUGAGCUGUGCCCGCCACAGCUGCCCCCACGCAGCAGCCCCACAGCCAGCUCGGAGCCAGCCACACCGCAGACAGCAACUCCGGCUACAUCGGCGGUGAGUGCGCCCAAGAAACCUCCGCUGCCACCCAUAGCCAAUCGCCCACGCCCCGUCAAUGGCACGCCCACACCCGCCAGCAACACAUCUCCGCCUAUACCGGCCACCACCCGCCUACCCAACGCGCAUUCCAAUGGUGGCCAACCCACGCUGCCGAAGAAGCCUCAGCAGCUACACGGCGAAAAGCUAUUCAUCAAGAAUGGACACCUUAUCGACGGCGAGGCGCUGCUGGCCAAAACGGAUGUGGCCAUGGCUGGGCUGCUGAUCAAACUGGACCAGGUGGCCGCCCAAUGCUCGGCCGCCCAGUCGGCUGGCGGCGGCACCAGCAUCGAUGAGGAUAAGUUCCAACGCGCGCGCAACGAGCUGACGGAGCAGACUUUGGCCUUAGUCACAGCCAGCAAAUUUCUGGUAGCCUCCAUGUCCGACAUGACGCUGAUAAACCUACCCGAUCACCUCACGUCUUGCCUGACGGCUAUCCGACGCAUCACAGAGCUGGCUCAGGACAUGACGCGCCACACCUCGGCGCCGCUGCAGACGCGCAACAUCGUGCUCAAGGUGCACGAUGUGGCGAGUAGUUUUCGUGAACUGGUUGGCGUGCAGAUCGGACCCAUCGGAGCGGGCCAGCUGGCCCUGCAGGCAGAGUGUCUGGCCAAUGUGCUGGCCACCCUGUUGCGCAGUCUGCGCGUCUUCUCGCCCUAAAAGCCACUCUGACCCGAUCCUACAAAGAAGCAUGAGCAGGAACAUUAAGUCAACCUUGAAGCGAACGCGACCCGAUCCUAGAACGUGAUCCUAACCUACGCCCAUGACCACGACAAGGACAUAUCGCCCGCCCCUAUAUCUACUCAAAUAUCAAACUAAAUACUAAAUACUAAUUAGCUAAAUACCCUAUAUCAAAUAUACCCUACUUAUACAGAAUCUGAAACUAUUUUACAGGUAAAAGGCAACGUCAGAGAGUCGUUGGUCUGAAUUUAGGCUAACUAAUAAUAGCGGAAACUCGAACAUAACCAAAUCUAUGAAUACAUACAUACAUAUCUGAACACGAUCAGAUACAUAUAUACAUACAGACAUAUAUACGAGUAGAACCAAAGUCAACUAUAUAGCAGCAAUUAUGUUUUCUUCACUGAGUCCUAUGUUAUCUAUAUCUAGAAGGUGUCAUAUUUUAUAUUGUAAAUUAGCUUUUGGUAAUCUUGUUUAUAAGUUUCGCAAGAUUUGAAUCUUUAAGUUCUUCUAUGCAAUUCCAAAUUUUAUGUUGAGUUUUCAUUUUGAAAGGGAGGAACCUUUUCAAAGGCUGAACACGAUUUUAAUCCACAUAAUAAUCAAUAAAUAAACUUCUAUAGAACCAUCAAAUCUAACUGCAUGCAACUAUCUCGAAUUUGAAUUUCUGUGUAACCUCUUUAAUACUAAAUCUAAUACUAAAAUACAAUAACAAUAAUUUCUAAAAUACAAAUAAAUCUUUCAUCUUUUUACUAUGUAUCUAAUUGUUAACGCUAAACCAAUUGAAGCAACUUCAUGACUUGAGUGUAGACCAAUUUAUAUACAUAUGUAUUUAUAACUAAAUAUCUAAAAACAAAAA